GGCGACCGCCUGACGUCUACUAAUAGCUUUUGGCUGAACUUGUUCGCUUCUCCGCCGCGUCACUGAUAAAGCACUGAGAGCAAGGGUCUGCCUGCCAAGGUGUGUACAUCAGCUCCGCGUACCGUUGCAUCUGGUUCGCGCAAAGGAGGACGAACAUGGUCCCCCGUUUUCCAAUUGGAGACGUGAGGUACAGGUGCAGCCCCAGUCCCUUAGCGCUGUUAAAAAAUAUCCAGCCCCCUUCCUUUCGCGACCUCGAAGCUUGACCCGGCCAUCCACGAUUCCCAACGGCAACAGCCUCAACGCUCGCGGUGCCUUCAUUCAACCAUCUGCAACCCGCCCCUGCCGCCUGCUGCUGUUCAUCCGGGCCUUGCGCAUUGUCUGACCCAUCUUCGAAAUCCAACUUGUUCUGCCAUUCGUUAUCCGACCCGCGCUCGCCAUGUCUGAUUACGACCACUUCGGGAGCUCUGAGGAGGAGAGCGCCGAGAUUAAGAAGCUCCAGGCUGAUGUGGAUGCCGAUCCCGAUAACUUCGAGACCUGGGAGAAGCUGAUCCGCGCCUGCGAGGGCUUGGAGGGCGGAUUGAACCGCAACUCCAGCCCCCAGGCCCUGGCUACUCUUCGCGAUGCAUACGACCGUUUUCUCCUCAAGUUCCCUCUGCUCUUUGGCUACUGGAAGAAGUACGCCGAUCUCGAGUUCAAUAUCGCUGGGCCCGAAUCAGCCGAGAUGGUUUACGAGCGAGGAUGCGCCAGCAUCACCAAUUCUGUCGACUUGUGGACCGACUAUUGCUCCUUCAAAAUGGAGACUACCCACGUCCCACACCUCGUCAGAGAACUUUUCGAACGCGGUGCUACCUGCGUCGGCUUAGACUUCCUCGCCCACCCCUUCUGGGAUAAGUACAUUGAAUAUGAGGAGCGCCAGGAGGCCCAGGACAAGAUUUUUGCCAUUCUGUCCCGCGUCAUCCAUAUCCCUAUGCACCAGUAUGCCCGGUAUUUCGAGCGUUUCCGCCAGCUAUCCCACAGCCGUCCCGUGACCGAGCUGGUCCCCGCUGAGACGUUGGCCAAGUUUCAGGCUGAGGUCGAGGCUGAGAGUGCUCAGUUUGCUGGCGUUCAGCGAACGGAACUCGAGAUUGAGCGUGAUGUUCGCACCAAGAUUGACGCCAUGUACUACGAGUACUUCACUCAGACCCAGGCCGAGACAAACAAGCGAUGGACCUACGAAUCCGAGAUGAAGCGGCCUUACUUUCACGUGACGGAGCUGGAGAGUUCUCAGCUCGCUAACUGGCGUAAAUACCUCGACUUUGAGGAAUCUGAAGGCAACUUCACCCGUAUCGUCUUCCUUUACGAGCGGUGCUUGGUGACCUGUGCUUUUUACGACGAAUUCUGGUUCCGGUACGCCCGGUGGAUGUCUGCGCAGGAGGGCAAGGAGGAAGAGGUUAGGAUCAUCUACCAACGAGCGGCUACUCUGUAUGUGCCUAUCAGCCGUCCGGGCAUCAGGCUGCAGUUUGCCUACUUUGAGGAGAGCUGUGGGCGCGUUGACAUCGCUCGCGAUAUUCAUGCGGCAAUCCUCAUGAAACUCCCCGACUGCAUCGAGGUCAUCACCUCCUGGGCUCACCUCCAGCGCCGUCAGAGCGGCCUGGACGCGGCUAUCGAGGUGUUCAAGGCGCAGAUUGACUCUCCCCAUGUGGAUAUCUUCACCAAGGCUGCUCUUGUUACCGAAUGGGCCCUCUUCCUGUGGAGGGUUAAGGGCUCUGUCGAAGAGGCACGCAAUGUGUUCCUCAAGAACGUGCAGUGGUAUGCCGACAGCCGCGUCUUCUGGAACAAAUGGCUCGAGUUCGAAUUGCAACAAGCCACAAGCACGGAGCUGGAGGACCAGCAUGGCGAUCGCGUCAAGCAGAUUUUUGAUGAACUCCGGAACAAGAGCCGCCUGUCAGCUUCGACGAAGAAGGAACUGUACCAGAUUUACUUGUCCUACCUGCAGCAGCGGGGCGGCAAGGAUGCGAUGAAGCAGUUUUUGACUGUUGACAGGGAGAUUUUCGGGCCAAGCUCCAUUUCCCUGCUCAACAAGGCGACCGCCAAUGGCAAAGAGAACGUGAUAGCCGGCGCUGAGAUGGACGAAGCGACCAGAUACCGGGCUGAAGCCAGAUACCUCAGAUACUAUGAACUUCAGGGCGAACCAGAACUCGAGAACCAGGCGACAGCGCCUUUCAACUAGGCGGCGCCAACUCACCGAGCGCAUUUCUUCUUUGCUCCAGGAGCUCCCCCGCCACUUGGGUAGCUGCUCCUGGGGAAUUUUGUAAUAUACGACUCGUUUGACAACAGAUCAUGCUUGGGUGGUAGGACUCGGGGAAAUUGUACUGUAUGCAGUGUUUAUGAGGUGGCCUAAACAGACCAUGAUGGGAAGGAACCAUCUUCAGGCACCACGGGUUAACCCGAUCUCACCUUUCGAGGUUUGCGAAUCGAUCAUCGACGCAGACAAUAAUAGCUCAAUAACGUUCAAAGAAACAAC